GGAGAUUUUCGCUUUGGGUGUCUGGCGACAUUUCCAAAGCUUUACACUCGGCGGCGCCUGUUCACCUCGGCAUCUCCGCCUCUUUAUUUCUUCUUCAAGCUUCUCUUCCUCAUUUCUGCCUUAAUUUGAUUCCAGCAGCACCGUCGGCACCGGUAAACGCUUCUUAAUUUUCCUGGUUGCAAUGUCGCAGUCGCUCCAAUUCUUUACUCCUUUCCGCUGCCCCUACCUCACUCCCCCAAAACACGCGGCGACGUCCUAUCGAUGGUUCCGUGGCACCAAGCUUCCAAGCAGAAAACAAUCCUUCCCGGCUGUCAAAUUCUCGUCUUCAGAUCUUAAUGCUGCGUCAUCGAAAGUUCUAGCAUCCGACAACGGUCAAACCGUGGUGAACGGGGCGUUACCCACGGACAACGUGGUAACGCAGGUGCAGUCUGAUUCUGGGUCUAUUGAGGUGGAUGCGGUUACGGAGGCGGAACUGAAGGAGAACGGGUUCAGGAGCACGAGGCGGACCAAGCUCGUUUGCACGAUCGGGCCGGCUACGUGUGGGUUCAAGCAGCUGGAAGCGCUGGCGGUUGGGGGAAUGAACGUGGCUCGGAUUAACAUGUGCCAUGGGACUCGCGAGUGGCACCGGAGUGUGAUAGAAUGUGUCAGGAGGCUCAACGAGGAGAAAGGGUUCGCGGUUGCCAUUAUGAUGGACACUGAAGGGAGCGAAAUUCACAUGGGCGAUCUUGGUGGCGCUUCCCCGGCAAAAGCAGAGGAUGGGGAAAUCUGGACGUUUAGUGUUAGAGCUUUCGAUUCCGGUCUGCCAGAACGCACCAUCAAUGUGAAUUAUGAUGGUUUUGCCGAAGAUGUGAAAGUUGGUGAUGAGCUUCUGGUAGAUGGUGGAAUGGUGAGGUUUGAGGUGAUUGAGAAGAUUGGUCCUGAUGUCAAGUGUAGAUGUACUGAUCCAGGAUUGUUGCUUCCACGAGCGAAUUUGACUUUCUGGAGGGAUGGAAGUCUUGUCCGAGAGCGCAAUGCCAUGCUUCCCACCAUUUCAUCCAAGGACUGGUUGGAUAUUGACUUUGGGAUUGCUGAAGGUGUUGAUUUCAUUGCAAUAUCCUUUGUCAAGUCUGCCGAAGUGAUUAAUCAUCUUAAAAGCUAUAUUGCUGCGCGGUCACAGGAUAGUGACAUUGCUGUCAUUGCAAAGAUAGAGAGUAUUGACUCAUUAAAGAAUUUGGAAGAGAUUAUUCAAGCAUCUGAUGGGGCUAUGGUUGCUAGAGGAGACCUGGGCGCUCAGAUCCCAUUGGAACAGGUUCCAUCAGCCCAGCAAAAGGUUGUUCAGCUGUGCAGGCAGCUAAAUAAGCCAGUGAUUGUUGCAUCUCAGCUGCUGGAAUCUAUGAUUGAGUACCCUACACCCACCAGAGCUGAAGUUGCUGAUGUUUCUGAAGCAGUGAGGCAGCGAGCAGAUGCUUUAAUGCUCUCUGGUGAGUCAGCUAUGGGACAGUAUCCAGAGAAGGCAUUGGCAGUUUUGAGAAGUGUUAGCCUGCGGAUAGAGAGAUGGUGGAGGGAGGAGAAACGCCAUGAAGCAAUGGAACUUCCAGAUGUGGGAACUUCAUUUGCAGAUAAUAUAUCAGAAGAGAUUUGCAAUUCUGCUGCCAAGAUGGCUAACAAUUUGGAGGUGGAUGCCAUUUUUGUCUACACGAAGACAGGCCAUAUGGCAUCUCUCUUGUCACGUUGUCGACCAGACUGCCCCAUCUUUGCUUUUACAACCACAACUUCUGUGCGGAGGCGCCUGAACCUACAGUGGGGUCUGAUACCCUUCCGCCUUAGUUUCUCUGAUGAUAUGGAAAGCAACCUCAACAAAACCUUCUCACUACUCAAGGCCAGAGGAAUGAUCAAAUCAGGUGACCUUGUGAUAGCUGUAUCGGACAUGUUGCAGUCUAUCCAAGUCAUGAAUGUUCCUUGAAAGUUGAUAUCAGUCCACUUGCAAUCAAGAUUGUUUCAUCUACUAAAUUCUCGUUGUUCAUCAUUAUCGACUAGUUGGCCACCACUACUAGAAAAUCAUUUCUUGCAAGGAAAAUGGGGAUCGGAUCACUUACAACCUGGAUCCUGUUUUACACUCAAGUUGACUAAGGUUCUUUACAGUGCCUGAAUAUGCUGUAGGAAUGAGUAUUUUCAAUUUCCACUUCAGCCUAUUUAAAUUGUUCCAACACCCAAUCACUGUUCUGAUGGUUUACUUUUGUUAGCGCAAAGAUGAUAUGUAAUGAAAUUGAAAUGUACGCCAAUUUUCUUUACCUUCUUUAUGUCAAAAUUUUCUUGCACAUUGUAGCUUAAUAUAUUUCUUUUUCAUAC